GUACGCCGCACGUACUAUUCUAUCAAUAAAUUCAGUUUCUUUAAGCAUCUCCCUCCGGCCAACUCAAGUAUAAUAGGCCGGCAAUCCGCCUUGUUUGUUAUCUUUCCACACAUCCGAUAUGCUCGCCGAGAUACUUCUAAUUCUCAGCGGCCACCCCUCUUCGUUCUUUAUUCCCUAUCCUUCUCCCCCAGCAGUACCUUUCACUUGCAAGGCUUCGCCAUCGCUCACCGAAUAUCUUCACCCCGGAGAGGUAGCGUCCCUCAAUUCACUGGCUGAUCUCGCCUUCCAGUAUCGCAAAGUCAAAACAUGGGCCAAUGAUACAAUUGAUUGCGGUCGGAAGGCUAUAUUAGCGGAGAGCUUGCCCCCUUCUCGCAAAGGGAAGGAACGAGAGGUCUUUAUGAAUGACAAAGGUGACAGUAUCAAGCUAAAUCAGUAUCUCGUGACCCUAGCCGCAAGCAUAAUCGAGGUGCUGAAUGGCUACGAGCUUCUUAUUGUUGAGACAGAAGCCAAAGUGCUGUCCUUCGACCCAGCUGUGGUUCAAGAUCAGCAAGGUUAUGUGCCACUGGCCAGUAUCGUGGCAACGUUCGAUCGGUGGCGGGCACCUUUGACUGCCCUUAGUCAAAUAGUGGACCAACUGUCUUCUUUCGAUGAGAGAGAGGAUAGCUGGUCUCCCGGCAGGCUCAUAGAUUUGAUCCUCCUCAAAUCGCAGACUGGAAACCCUUUCUUACAGAAUAUAUUUUCAAACCUUGCCAAAUCACUGCAAGAUUUGUUCCUUACCCACCUUGUGUCAUUCAUUCUACAUGGGAUAGCGCCUUCUGAGCCACUGAUGACCAGCCCUUCAAUAGGGCGCACUGUUGGGGUGGACCCAUUAUCGCCUCAGCAUAGAGUUUAUGCCCUUAACGUCGACAUGUUACCCACUUCAAUCGGGGAAAACACCAGAGAAAGUACAUUAUACGUGGGCCGUGUGGUUGCGACAUUGAAAAGAGAAGGAAAGUCACUGCCCAAAGGUCUGGUGGAUAGUCUGCGAGGAGAGUUAAUGGCUGUGAAAAGUCUAGAAGUUGGAGGCGGCUUGAAAGAGGCUGUUGAAAAGGCUAGGGCGGAAGUUGGAGAAUGGCUUUGGAGACACAUUCUAACAGGCCCUCAAGUAGCUGAAUCCAUUGAGAUGUUUGGAAGCUUUUUCCUUCUCCGUAAAACCGACUACUGUAUUGCCGUAAUUCGUGGGAUAUCACAAUUGCGCCUAGAUAAACUCAUCACAUCCAAUCCUCACUCGUCGUCAUCCAUCAUUCGCGAACAAGACCUGGAUCUCAUUCUUCGGCGCGCCAGCGUGGGUACCUCAGCCGAGUUGGACUCUCAGCUUGACUCCUUACAUUAUAAGAUGGAGAAAGGACCCUUGAGGGCGAUGCUACCUACUGUACCUGUCAAGACACCCAAACAAACCGACAUUGAGAGCAAGAGCGAUACCGUAGAACACCGGAACUCGAUUCGAGCAUUGUUUUCAUCCUCUCUUCUUGGAACUCCCCUUAUACUAACUACAACAGUCACCUGGCCACUGGAUCUGUUCAUUUCGCCUCAGGCUCUAUCAGCAUACUCAGAUAUUCAAGCCUAUUUGACGGCCUUGCGUCAUACUCAUCUCUCGGUACUUAGUUGUUGGACCGCGCUUAGCGCAGCUCAACGCCAAAGACGUAAAUGGACUGGAGUGACCGAAGGGGGCACAGACGAAGAAGUAGAGGCACGCAGGAGAUUGGGUAGAGCUGCUUGGGGGACAAUCAGACUCAUGUUAUUCUUCAUCGACCAGCUUCAAAGUCAUUUCAUGACUGACAUCAUUGACGUGCAGCAUAAAAGGCUGUUGGAGCAGCUCGGUCUAGAGACAGUCCUUCCAGCACCUGUACUGGGAGGUUCUUUGAGAGGAUCAAGUUUGCGAGGCUCCAUCUCCGUGCGCCAAACUCCAACAGCCACGAAAAUUCGUACUGCCAUCCCAACGCCGGUAACUGAAAGCGGCGAGCGGAGAGAAGCGGGUUCUCCAUUCUCAGAUACGUAUUCAAUGCCUUGCGAUGGCCAGACACUGAGAUCCAAUCGAGUACCUCCAACGCCAAACAAAGCGCAAGGCGUCUAUUUGGACUUUCUAACUCUUCGUCAACUCCACACUCUCCACCUCUCUUUCCUUCGAGAAGGGCUCCUUAUUGCCGAUUUCAACUUAGCGACAGUCAUCCGUGACAUCCUAGAUACAUGCAGGCGCUUCACAGGGCUGGUAGAACGCUGGGGUGGCGAUGUCUUGCCAGAAUUGCUGAUGGAAGGCAUCAAUGGGGAGGAAGUAGGGAAGAUGGUCAAGGAACGAGCGCAAGCGGUUCAACAAAUCAAUGAUAGGCUGCACGAGCUUCUUACUGAUUUCUUCGGCGCUCUCUUGGACACGCAAAAUCCGGGGGCUGCUGAUCCAGAUAAGUCAGUUGCAGAUGGUGGAGGUUCUUUGUCUCGAACAAUGCGAGCGGCUCAAAUCUCACGAAUGAUGUCCCGUCAAGCGAAUUUCACAGCAGCUGCCAUGAAUGCGAAAAAGAGUGCCAAAAGCAAAAUGCAAAUGGACAAGGAGGAAAGAGAAUUGGAAGCAGACACCUUAAUGGCUCGACACAUUGAACAACUACUACUUCGGUUAGACUUCAACGGUGUCCUCACUGCUUGGCGGCUAAAGGAAGUUGAUGGGGAUUACUCGGGGGGCAGUGUGUUGAUUGGAAGGGGGCUUUAAGCAUAUUUUAAUUGCAUGCGAUCUCCACAUUCCCAUACUCUAGUCUUGUGAUCUUAAUGGGACAGGCAUCUUGUCUCCAAAGCCUUCAAUGAGCUAAGAGUAAUAAGCAUGUAGACUAUCC